CUGUAACGAUCACACACAAGCUCCAUUUCUUGUGGAUGCUGCACUUAAACCCACAGACGAUGAUGCACAGAUGAUGCACGAACUAAGUACUUGCUCUAGUGCUGAGAUGUCUCCAGACCACACGCAGCAUAACGACUCUUUGGAAGGCGAAAUUCUCCAGGACCCAGCAAGAAUGUUAUCAUCCAAGAUGUUAAUGAAAAGACUUCAGCCCAUUGUGCUUUUGCAGACAACUGAUCAACGAGACAACUAUGGAAACCAAUACCACUGCUCUGUAUGCCAGAAUAGCACAGACAGUUUAGAUGAACUUAUGGAACAUCACCACUACAAACACAACCAGCAUGAAGUUCAGCAUUGCCUUACCUGUAAAUGUUAUUUUCCAGAUGGGAUAUCGGCAGCGCAUCAUCUGUGUAAGGAUUUACAGCUACCCAACAGAGAAUCAACAACUGAUAAGUUAAGGAAACUGACUUUACAAUACGACUGUCGCUACUGCCACAAAUUAUUCUUUAAAAAGGCCUACCACUAUGAUCAUGAGCAAAGACAUGUAGUUGUAACACAGCACAGAUGUGGCUGCUGUGGCUUAUACUUUUCAGCUGCUAACAGGUUGAUUACUCACAAACGCAGAAAGUGCAAACCUCUGCUACUGGAACCAAAUGAACAGCCAAUAGAAAGUUCAGAAAUAGACCUCAAGAAGGUAGACACGCCAGCCUGCAAAACCGGGCUUCAGGAUUGUUUUGUGAAACUUGUGGACAUUAACAAGCCGGACCAGUCUCCUCCCAAAAUAAAAUGUCCCAUAUGCAAAAAAAGCUUCAACCUCAGAGCGAAAAUGAAAAGACACCUGAAAUCACACAAAGAUGUGAAACCCUUAAAGUGUCACAAAUGUAAGAAGCUGUUCAAAUAUUCUUGGAAUCUUAACAGACAUAAAAGGGAAUGUCUUCAAAACUACCAGCAAAUCUAUCCGACUCUAACUAAACUUCCUGGUAAAUAUUCAUGCCCCAUCUGUUCGCGUGUAUUUAAGUACACCUAUAAUGUAACCCGGCAUCUGCGUCAACAGUGUUUGAAGGAAUAUGCACAUCUGGGCAAAGGAAGAGUUGGAAAAAGAUAUAAAUGCCCUUUGUGUAAUGAAACGUUUUCUGCAGCUGGUAAUCGACUUCGACACUUCAGAAACACUUGCCUUCAGAAAAAUAGUCUCUGGGAGCUGUUAAAUCAAGCAAAAAAAGGCAAAGAAGAGGCAGAAGAAAGCAAGGAAAAACAAGUAUCUCCAGUUUCAAGCCAGAAAUGCUCAAAUAUGAGCAGUUUAACAUGCAAGUUUUGUGGAAAAUGUUUUACUUCAAGUUCAGCAUUGAAAAAACAUCUACAAUGGCAUAAGGGAAAUAGACCUUUUCAGUGCUUGACCUGUGGAAAGGCCUUCAAAAAGCGAAAGCACUUAGUAGCUCACAAAAAUGUUCAUGGUCGACGUAUACAGUGUUCCGUCUGUAAGAAAAUUCUGCCCACUAUUGAGGAUCUGUUAAAACACAGACAGGCCCACAUAAAAAAGGGCUUGCUUCAAUGCCCUGAUUGUCCAUUGCAGUUUCAGUUUCCAGCGUACUUUCUUCGACAUAUUAAAACCCAUAGGACGAAAAGCAUGCAGAAGUCAGAUAAGACUGCAGAUGAACAGGUAACGAACGUUAACAAUAAAGCAAGUGUCCACAAAAGCACCUUGUCUAAUCACCAGGCUACAGAUCAAGAGACAAAGAAGAGAAACGAGCACUUUUGCAAAGUAUGCCAAAAGGUGUUUGUUGAUUCCAAAACAUUGAGUAAGCACUGUUUAACUCACCUGCCAAAAUACUCCGAUUCCUCUUGUCCAUUUUGUAAGCAUAGUUUCUCCAGUCGAAUUUCACUCAUUCGCCACAUUCGUCUUCACACUGGUGAAAAACCUUUCCCAUGCCAGAAGUGUGGGUUGCAUUUUCGCAGAAAAGAAGCCCUAAAACGUCAUCAAAAUAAAUGUGAGGGACGAGAAGAAGAGCAGCCUAUAUCUCCACCAGUGACAGUGAGUGACAGUGAUACGCUUAAGAAACGCAAAUUCAAGAAAAGUUUUGAGUGCUCAUAUUGCCCACAUGUAUUUCGCUCUUCUGGAAACUUAAAAUUGCAUGAAAAGGCUCACAGUGUAAACAACCUUGUACCAUGUUCAGUGUGUGAACGGUAUUACAAGAAAACCAAGAUUUAUGAACAUAGGAAGAUUUGCAAGGUUAAGGAAUCCUGCCAUGUAAAUGCACCGAGCAGUGAAAAAAUAAACGAUUCGGUUGUCCGAAAAGAACCAUCCAAAAAAGUCAAAGAACCUAAAAGAAGUGUCAGGGAUGGGUUUAGGGAGCAGUGCCCACAUUGCUUUAAACGUUUCCAGUUUAAAUGUUAUUUACUGAGACACCUUCGUAGUCACUUGAAUAAAAAACAAUCACAACCCGUAAAUGAAUCUGAUGAAAAAGUCACAAUGUCACAAAAUGCUGAGGACUUGAAGUGCAAUUUUUGCACAAAAACGUUUACAAAACUCACGAAUCUGAGGCGUCACAUUCUGAAACACACUGAAGUCAAGCCAUACUCUUGUAAGGAAUGUGACAGUAGUUUUUCUCAACAUGAUCGCUUAAUAUGCCACCAAGCACACUGUAAAGGCAAGAGGCAGCAACUUGAGGUGAGGGUUGAAAAAAUCACUCUUGACCACGCUGGCACAGACUUUCAAGAUGAGAUGCAGUCAUCUAGUGAUGUCCUUCAAUGUGAUACUUGCCUGAAGAAAUUUACAUCCCACAGCAAUUUAAAGAGGCACAUUGCCAUGCAACAUUCUGCUUUCAAACCAUUCUUAUGUGCAAGAUGUGGCAAAAUGUUUAGCUCUAAGACUACACUGAGAAGACACAAUCGCACUGUAAACUGCAAGAUAUCCUCAGGAGAAAGCAUAGAACCAGUCCAAACGCCAAGCACACCAAACGCGCCAAACGCUUCAGUGGAGUCAUACAGAGAAAUCCCUCAACUCAUUCCACCAUUAGCAGGACAUUACUCAAGUAAAUUGAAGUAUAAAUGUGAGUACUGCCCCCGACACUUCAAAAUGCAAUCGCAACUAAAGAUGCAUACCCGUCUUCAUACUGGGGAAAAGCCAUAUGCAUGCACCAGCUGUGGUGAGCGCUUCAUUAGAAAUGACUAUCUUCAACGGCACUUGCUUAAAGGCUGUCAAACAGGGAAACGGGCAAAAGUGCUCUGUGACCGGUGCGGUGUAUUGUAUACCAGAGAAGCUCUACGUGUCCAUCAAGCAAACUGUGUCAUCAGCCAGUCAGCUGGUAACCCCCAAAAUAUUACCAGUACCAGCAGCUCUUCAAAGAUCAAGGCAUUUUCCUGUGUCUUCUGUAAUAGCCAAUUUUUGUUGUUUUCACAGCUACAGCAGCAUAUCUUGACAAAGCACAGAUCUAAAGAGCGACAGCUGUCAAAUAACAUUGAUAAUCAGCAGGUGUCUAGCUCUUUGCCCACCAAACAGGAAGCUGUAAAUGAAGGGUAUGAGCCAGCUAAGAGCAUGCCCAGCUGCCAUCAGAUGCCUACUCCUAAUGGACUCAAGAAUGCAAUUAGUAAAAGCGAGAGACCAUUUGAGUGCCUGCAGUGCCACAUUAAUUUUAUUACUAAAAGUGGGCUGAUUAUACAUAUGCGCACUCAUACAUCAGCUUACCCACUAUCCUGCAAAAAAUGCAACAAAGGAUUUUGGAAGAAAACUGUACUGCAGAAACAUACCAAAAGGUGUAAGGGCGUAGAUGUUAUAGGAAAGGAACCUGAUAAAGUCAUUUUAUUUAAGAAGGGCACCAACACCACAGGAACUGGAGUACUGCAGACAGAGUUUUCAUGUACGGGUCAAAGUAAAGGAGAAAGCGACAAAGACGAUGUCAUUCAUAAGUAUCAAUGUUCAGAGUGCGAUCAAAGUUUUACCGAUGGUCUCCGGCUUAUAAGUCAUCUGGAAGCCCAUGGACGUGAAGACCAGCAGCAGAAAGCAGGCAAAAAACACCGUUGCCAACUGUGUGGUCAGUCCUACGAUCAAGCAGGGUUGCUACACAGACAUUUGAAAAGCAAGCAUCAAGAGAUUGUUACGAAUACCUGUCCUGAAUGCUCCAAAAGCUUUCGCAGUCCUUCUGAAUUGGACGUUCACAGAUCUUUACAUGACCCUAAUCGGCCAUUUGUUUGUGAAGUAUGCGAGUUAAGGUUCUGGACUGCUAGAUCUUUAAAGAUCCACCACAGGCAUGUUCACCCGGGCAGUGAACCUCUGAAAAUAGUAGAGCCUUCUCAGGCUACUAAUAGUGCAUCUUCUAAAGUGUUUACCUGCAUUCCUUGUAAUAAAGUCUACACAGUCAGAAAGUCAUAUAUGAAGCACUGCCUAAUUAAACACAAAAGGUGUUCGGAAAGUGUGAGUGAUGUUCAAAGUGCUAGCGUAGAUCAAACAUUGGACAAAAAUGAAUCUGAUGGAAAUGAUGCAGAUGAUGCAAGUGAUAAUGACUCGGACUCUGCUCCCUAUUUUCCCUGUCAUGUCUGUGGUAAAACAUUCCCAACAUCAGAAAGUCUCGAGGAUCAUCAAAAAUGCCAUCUUGGGGAAAAACCAUACGAAUGUGAGGAAUGUGGGAAAUGCUUUUUCCAUCUUGCGAACCUGCAGCAACAUCAGCGCAGCCACAAAUCCGAGUUUCAGUGUCAGAUGUGUGGAAGAGGUUUUGUUACACUCUUUGCCCUGCGCAAACAUAAGCAUAGUCACGUGCGUAAGCAUCCCCAUCAAUGCACCAAAUGUAAUUUAGGCUUCGCGAAAGCCAAUCAGCUGGCGGAGCACAUGACCACUCAUCGUGAGGAAAAUUUUCCAUGUGAUCUUUGCGACCAAACCUUUUCCUGCAAAUUGAGCAGAGCGGAGCACCGGAAGAACCACACACAGAUGGAGGAGGAGCUCCCUCCUUUAAUUCCAGCGACACAGCAGACUUCCACUCCACCUCUCUCAAAGGCAACUUCAGUAAGACAUGCCAGGCAUCACUGUGAAGUUUGUCAUGUACAGUUUACAGAUUCGGAGCAGCUCUCGGAGCACGGCUGUGAUCCAGCAAAAGAGCGCCCAUACUCGUGUGCCGAAUGUAACAAGCAUUUCUUACAUGGGUCUCACCUUAAAAAACAUCAACUGACUCAUCAGUUAUCUGGAACGCGCUCCUUUCAGUGUAAUACUUGCCACUUGAGCUUCAGCCAUCGCAGUCACUUCUUGACGCAUUUACAAACGCAUGGGCAUAAAGUAUCUCCUGAAUCUCAGACGGGAAAUAAAGUGAAGCUGUUGAACACCAAUGAUGUGAACCAAGACAAAAUUUACAAAUGCCCAAUUUGCCCUGAGAGUUUCUCACAAGCUUUAGAAUUAGCGAAUCACCUUUCUGUCCACUCCCACAUGUGCAAUGUUUGCAACAAGACAUUCCCAACUAAUCAGCAGCUUGAGGAACAUGAACAGUCACAUCUGUCUGCAGCUACUCAGUACGAGUGCACAGAAUGUGGAAAGAACUUCCUUGGAAGUGAUGCCUUUCGCCAACAUCAUUGUUCCAACAGGAAACGCACUUUUUCUGAGGAAAACCUUUCAAGUUCAUCCCUGUCACCCCCUCAAAAAAAGCGAUCUUUAGAAACAUCUAUAGUAAUCAGUAAUGAUGAAGAAGAGGAGGUUGAUGUAGGUGAAGACUUUUAUAACUGCCCAACCUGCGACAAACGGUUCUCUUCCACUUACAGUUUGCAGAAGCACCAAAAGCUGCAUGAAGAUGACCGCCCUUUCAAAUGUCUUGUCUGCGGAAAAGGCUUUGCCAAAAAGAGGUACCUCAAACAGCAUCAGCAAAUACACAUCGAGAGACCAUAUCGAUGUGAUCUAUGUUCAGAGUCUUUCAAAACCGAAUCAUCUUUUUUGUCCCACCAAAAAACGCACGAUGCAACUCGUAAACACCACUGCACAAUGUGUACAAAAUCAUACCGUUCACCCUAUGAUCUCGCCAGACAUCAACAGAAACACCACGAGCUGGAAAAUGACAGCGUAGAAACUGGUGACCACAGAUGUGAAAUGUGCUACAAAUCGUUUACCCAGCUUUCUCAGCUGCAGAAGCACCAGGAAACUCACGUCGGACAGAUCGUCUACGAAUGCACGGAGUGUGACAAAGCCUUCGCUUUUCUGAAUCUUUUAGAGCAACAUCAGCAAACUCACACAGGUUCUGUGGAUUCUGUGCAGUUCCAGGCACAAUACAACACGUUUUUUUAAAGCCCUGUAUUUCCUGCAAUGCAGGAGAUUCUAAGUCAUUAAAUUUUUGAACACAGGUUGUACAGAUGGACCUGUUUUGGUUUCGUACAUGUAUUAUAUGCUCUUUUCUGGGUUUCUCUAACGUGUUGAUGUAAAGCAGUUGACUGCAAUUCAGAUAAUGUCUCCUUAGAAUCUGUAGAUAGAUAAUGUAAAUUGUUAUAUUGUAAAGCUAAAACUUUAGCAUGUGCAGCAAAAUUUGCACCACAUUUUUUUUUGUUUUUGGUUCAUAACUUGCAGAUUUGCAUUAGCAUAUUUUAGUUCUUUUAUGUAAUGACAAAUGGUUUUACUUGUCAGUAAUAUGAUUGCUAUGUAAAGUUUAACAUUUUGUAAAUACCUGUAAAAUUGUGAAACCUUUUUUUUUAGUUUGUUGAUUUUGUUCUCAACUCUUAGCUUUGUUUUGAGAGGUUCAGGGUUGGCUAUCAAGCACUUCAUUAUUUGGUGUAGGUAACGCCAGUUAGCUACAUCUGUAAUAAAUAACUUGUUUAGAGGGGAACAGUAUUAUCUGUAUGUUCUGUACAUAUUUUUUCAUACUUGUACAAUAAACCUCCAUUUAACAGUUA